UGUGGAACGUUUUCGUAAAAUCCAUUCGAAAGUUCAAAUAUGGUUCGAAUGGAAAAUUUUGAUUAGCUAUGCUCCUAUGUAUCAUAUAAGUCAAAAGCUAUUCAGAAAAUAAAUAAAAAUAAUAAUAAAUUAUACUAACGACAAGCGCGUGUCCGCUAUGCCUGCUGUUGGGUGCUAAUCAAGUCCACAAAAAAAAGUCGCCAAAUCCGGAAAAAUAUUUAAAUAUUAAAUAAUAUAAUUAUAGCUAUAUAAAACAAUAAAAACGUAUGAAAAAAGUAGCUUGACAGCAAUUCAAUUCAAACACAAGAGAGAGCAAAAUGCAAUCAUUAAAAGCCGAUGAGCUGGAGGAGAAUCCCGUCGAGCGUGCCAAUUGCUUGUCGGAGCUAAUGUUCUGCUUUGCCAUGCCAGUUCUGUUUAAAGGACGGCAAAAGACACUAGAGCAAACUGAUCUCUAUAGACCACUCAAGACACACAAGUCAGACACGCUUGGCGACCGCCUUUGCUCCGCCUGGGAUCAAGAAGUAGCUAAUAGAUCAGCUCUGAAUCUACCCCCACGCUUGGGGCGUGUGGUAGCCCGCGUAUUUGGCUGGCAUUUAUUUGUGACGGGCCUUUUACUGGUUGCCCAGGAGUUUCUAACCAAGGUAACUCAACCCAUAUGCUUGUUUGGCAUGAUGUCCUACUUCGCGACCAAAGAUGGCGAUCUAAUGAAGGCUGAGCUUUAUGCAGCUGGUCUAAUGGCAGGCUCUGUGUUCACUGUCUUUUGUGCCCAUCCAUAUAUGCUGGGUGUUCUCCAUCUAGGCAUGAAGAUGCGCAUUGCCCUCUGCAGCUUGAUCUAUCGCAAGGCUCUACGGCUAAGCCGUACCGCUCUGGGUGAUACUACCAUCGGUCAGGUUGUGAAUCUCCUGUCCAAUGAUGUGGGACGCUUUGAUACUGUGCUGAUCAAUGUUCAUUAUCUUUGGGUGGCGCCUCUAGAGCUCAUUGUGGUCACUUAUUUAAUGUUCGAACAGAUAGGAAUAUCAGCGUUCUUUGGCGUUGCGGUUAUGUUACUUAUUCUUCCCUUGCAAGCCUUUCUAGGCAAGAAGACAUCGGUGCUCCGUCUGCGAACGGCUCUGCGUACUGAUGAACGUGUACGAAUGAUGAACGAGAUUAUUUCGGGCAUUCAGGUGAUCAAGAUGUACGCCUGGGAGAAACCAUUUGGAAAACUUAUUGAACUAACACGACGCAAGGAAAUGAUCUGCAUCAAACAAGUGAACUACAUACGUGGUAUACUUAUAUCCUUUGCCAUGUUUCUCUCCCGUGUAUUUGUCUUUGCCAGUCUGGUGGGAUAUGUGCUGCAGGGAUACGUACUAAAUGCUGAAAAGGCCUUCUAUAUAACCGCCUACUACAACAUUCUCCGCCGUACGGUCACCAUGUUCUUUCCACAGGGUAUCGGUCAGUAUGCAGAACUGAUGGUAUCCAUCAACCGUCUGCAGACAUUUAUGCAUCGGGAGGAGACACAAGUUCAAGACAAAUCAAUUGAUGCUCCGUCCGCUACUGCUACUAAUGAUAAGGAGAAUGGAUCUCUAAUAAAAAACGGCAGUGGCGAUGUACCUAAGCUUAAUGGCAAUCCGGAAUCCCUUGUUGAAUUUUCCCAAUUCUCUGCCAAGUGGAAUAGCAAAUCAACAGAGAACACAUUAGAUAAUAUUAAUCUAAAAUUGGAUCGCCGACAGCUGGUAGCUGUGAUUGGACCCGUGGGCGGCGGUAAGUCCAGUCUUAUACAAUCCAUUCUUGGUGAACUGCCCGCUGAUAAAGGAAGCCUAAAAGUCAAUGGCAGAUUCUCCUAUGCCGCUCAGGAGCCUUGGCUCUUUACUGGAACUGUACGAGAAAACAUUCUCUUCGGACUGACCUUGGACAAGCAUCGUUAUCGGACGGUGGUCAAAAAGUGUGCCCUCGAGCGGGAUUUUGAACUACUUCCUCAAGGAGAUAAGACGAUCGUUGGCGAGCGGGGAGCUUCGCUAUCGGGUGGACAGAAAGCACGCAUCAGCCUGGCCAGGGCUGUUUAUCGUAGGGCGGACAUUUACCUACUUGACGAUCCACUCAGUGCUGUGGAUACACAUGUGGGUCGUCAUCUGUUUGACCAGUGCAUGAGGGGGUAUCUGCGAAGCGAGUUGGUUAUAUUGGUAACACAUCAGCUUCAGUUUUUGGAACAAGCUGAUCUCAUUGUUAUCAUGGACAAGGGCAAGAUCAGUGCAAUGGGAACAUAUGCGACGAUGCAGCGUAGUGGCCUGGACUUCGCACAACUCUUGACCGAUCCCAACAAGACAAAAGAUGGGGAGAGUGAUUUGGAUAGCGAGCCUGGUGAUAUUUGGGAUCGUCUCAGCUUAGCUUCACGUAGCAGGCGUGGCAGUAAAUUGGACAUUUCGAAGCAACCUUCGCGCAAUGUUAGUUUCACAUCCUUGAGCUCUUUUUCCGAGUCUAUUGCCCAGGACUCAGCCAUGGCACCACAAGAGACACGGGUCCAGGGCAAAAUCAGUCUAGCUCUAUAUAAGGAAUACUUUACAGCAGGAAGUGGAUACCUAAUGAUAUGUUUUAUGGUGUUCCUCUGCUUGGGUACACAAAUUGUGGGAUCCUCAGCAGAUGUCUUUCUCGCCUAUUGGGUCGACAAGAACCAAGAUGCUGCAGAGAAAGACUCAGAUCCCAUAGAUAUAUACUACUUUACCGCUCUUAAUAUAGCUGUCAUUGUAUUCACUCUGGUGCGGACUAUGCUAUUCUAUAAGCUAGCCAUGCGCAGCUCCACAAAGCUCCAUAAUGCCAUGUUCCGUGGCAUUACCAGAGCAGCCAUGUACUUCUUCAAUACGAAUCCUUCGGGUCGAAUAUUGAAUCGGUUUUCAAAGGACCUCGGGCAGAUAGACGAGCUGCUGCCUACAGUAAUGUUGGAUGUAGUGCAGAUCUUUCUCACUCUGAUUGGCAUUAUUGUUGUUAUCUGUAUAACCAAUCCGUAUUAUCUCAUUCUCACUUUUGGUCUGGCAAUCAUCUUCUACUAUAUUCGAGAGUUCUACUUGAAAACAUCGAGAGAUGUGAAACGAUUGGAGGCAGUGGCCAGGUCUCCUAUCUAUUCCCACAUCAGCUCGUCACUUAAUGGACUCCCUACGAUCAGAGCUAUGGGAGCGCAGAAAGCGCUUAUUGCAGAGUUCGAUAAUCUUCAGGAUCUGCACAGCUCUGGCUAUUACACUUUCCUGUCCACCAAUCGAGCCUUUGGCUACUACCUGGACUGCUUCUGCACCUUGUACAUAGUGAUAAUCAUACUCAACUACUUCAUAAAUCCACCUGAAAGCUCUGGAGAAGUGGGAUUAGCCAUUACUCAAGCUAUGGGUAUGGCUGGCAUGGUACAGUGGGGCAUGCGUCAAUCAGCUGAGCUGGAGAACACCAUGACGGCUGUGGAACGUGUCGUGGAAUAUGAUGAGAUCGAACCGGAAGGCGAAUAUGAAUCCCAGCCAAGCAAAAAGCCCCCACCGAAAUGGCCAGAGCAAGGUAAAAUUGUAGCUGACGAUCUGAGUCUUCGUUACUUCCCCGAUCCUCAAUCCAAGUAUGUACUUAAGUCUCUCAACUUUGAGAUCAAACCAAUGGAGAAAGUGGGCAUUGUGGGUCGCACAGGAGCAGGCAAGUCCUCACUCAUCAACGCCCUUUUCCGCCUAUCCUAUAAUGAUGGCUCCAUCAUCAUCGAUGGUCGCAACACUAACGAGCUAGGACUUCACGAUUUGCGCAGCAAAAUCUCCAUUAUACCUCAAGAGCCAGUGCUCUUCUCGGGCAGCAUGCGUUACAAUUUGGAUCCAUUUGAGGAGUAUAGUGACGCCAAAUUAUGGGAAGCAUUGGAGGAAGUCAAGUUAAAACCUGUCAUUAGCGAGCUGCCAAGUGGUCUUCAGAGCAAGAUUUCGGAGGGUGGCACCAACUUCAGUGUGGGUCAAAGGCAAUUAGUAUGCCUUGCUCGUGCUAUCCUUCGCGAGAAUCGUAUUCUAGUGAUGGAUGAGGCCACAGCCAAUGUGGAUCCACAAACAGAUGCUCUCAUCCAGACGACAAUAAGAAACAAGUUUAAAGAGUGCACAGUGCUGACGAUAGCCCAUAGGCUAAACACGAUUAUGGACUCCGACAAGGUGAUAGUCAUGGAUGCUGGUCAGAUGGUUGAGUUUGGUUCACCCUAUGAACUCCUGACGGAAUGUGAGACGAAGAUCUUUCACAAUAUGGCUAUGGAGACCGGGCAGAGCAACUUUGAUAGGCUACUGAAGGUUGCGGAGAAGGCUCAUUUGGAAUCACAAAAGCAGAAAACUGCCUAGAAACAAUGAAUAUUCACUUAAAUAUUCUCAUUGAUUAACUUUAAGCAAAUUCCUCAUAGAAAGUAUACCACUUAUAAUUGUGUAAUUUUGUAUAUGUUACUUAAAGUAUUAUUUCUACGAACUUUAAUAAU